AUGGAUUCUGACUCUGACGAUGAGAUUUUGGGUGUUACUGCAGCCGAUAUCAGUCGCCAAGUUGAUAUGUCUGGAGACGUAAGUGAAGGUAGUUCUGUUUCCAGUGUGUCAGAUUUUUCGGAUGAGGAAGACGAGGUAGUAAGUGGUCGUGCUCCCUCUGGUUACAACCAUUCUUGGCUUCGCGACUUCUCUGAAGUUGUGGGACUUAUAGGCCUACCUGAUAAUAUUAGUGAGGUCGACAUGUUUCGUCUGUUUAUUACAGAUGAUAUACUGAAAAUGUUGGUGACCGAGACUAACCACGCUAGUUUGUCCCAUUCUUUCAAGAAGUGGAAGGAAGUCACAGCUGAUGAUAUGAGAUCAUUUAUUGCUGUGACACUCGUUAUGGGACUUGCACCUCGUUCCUCAUAUGACUUAUAUUGGACUACUGAAAGUCUGCUAGAGAUGCCUGGGUUCAGAAAGAUUAUUAGUAGGAACAGGUUUCAGGCUAUCCUGUCUUUCCUGCACCUCGUGGACAACACAACUGCUGUACCACGAGGGAACCCUGGGUAUAGCAAAGCUUUCAAGAUUAGACCAUUUGUUGAUGCUCUUCUUCCUCUGUUCCAGAGGCAUUUCACUCCCUCUAAGGAACUCAGUGUUGAUGAAAGCAUGAUAGCUUUCAAGGGCAGGACUAAUCUUAUGCAGUACAUGCCACUGAAACCCUCUAAGUGGGGUAUGAAGGCUUGGGCGCUGGCUGACUCCAAGACGGGCUACCUCUGGAAUUGGCAGCUGUACCUUGGGAAGGAAGACACCCAUGACCCUACCCAAGGUUUGGCACAUAGAGUUGUGACUUCCUUGGUUGCCCCUCUGUAUGGAAAGGGUCAUGUUGUGAACAUAGACAAUUUCUUUUCCUCUCCAGUCCUUUUCAAGGAGCUUGCCGUAAAUCAGACGGGCGCUUGUGGCACACUGCGAUCUAAUCGCAGAGGAGUACCCGCGGCUGUCAAGGCUGCAAAACCUAAGGCUGGUGAACACCCCAUCACUGCAAGAGAUGAUAACCUCCUCUACAUUUCAUGGUGUGACAAGAGGCCUCUCAAUUUGAUAACAACUGCACACGAUGACAACACCUUUGAGAAUCAUGUCCGAUCCAAACAUCAUGCUGCCAAUGUGCGGGUCGUGACUAAGCCAUGUGCUGUAGAGUCCUAUACUCGUCAUAUGGGAGGUGUGGACCGUCUUGACAAGCAACUAACAUGCUAUUUGUUAGCCCACAGGACCUGCAAGUGGUGGAAAAAAGCUUGUUUUGUGAACUCGCUUGUCCUGUGGAGGGCCAAAUAUCCUGGCCGAGUCAAGGCGGAGAAAUUCCGUGUGCAGAUUGCUCGUGGGCUUCUUGCUUUGAACCAGCCUAGGGCCAGCAGCAGCUUCCAUGAUAGAAGAGCCAGCGAUCCACCUGCUAGGAUAUCGGCUUCACACUAUCCUGCUCUCAAUCCAAAGCGAUUGAAGACUGGCAAACAUGCACUUGGUGACUGUGCGGUGUGCUCAGACAGACAUAAAAAGCGUCACCAAACGACAUAUGUCUGUGCCACUUGCCAUGUUAGUUUGUGCCCUCAUCCCUGUUUUGGGAGAUACCAUUCUCUUGUGAAUUACAAGAUUGAUUGCUGUGAGGAGCUGCAUGACUAA